GUAAAGCCUUCCUAGACAAACAAGGAGUCAAUUCUCAACCAAGUAGAACUCACCAAGACCAAUGAUGUUUGUUUGAUUAUCCUUGUACCAAACAAUAAACACGACAUCCCUUCAAAAUUCGAAAAACAACAAACAUUAUACUACAAAUUCAAUUAUAAUCACACAAGAAAAGCCCAAAAAGAAACCCUACGUAUUAACAAAAAAAAAACCAUCACCCCCCAACCAUCUUUUCCAAAGAUUCUCUCUUUAUUUUGAAAAUUUGAAACCUAAUGCAUGUUUAAUCAUUAUUUCCUUGUUUCUUGGUGAAGAAAUUUGGCAAAAGUUUAAAACCCAAAAGGGAAGACAAGGGUUUCAUGUUGAUGGGCUCAAAGCUUCAUGGUGUUCCUGUUUCUGCCACAGAGGCAGCUCCUCCAACAAGUCCAAAGGUCCUUUCUGUUUCUUCCACCUCAGCAACUCUUUCAGGUAUCAGAGCUCCUUUGACUAUUGAUGAUUCUGAUUUUGAAUAUGAUUCAUUUAGUAGCAACGAGAGUGAUUCUGGGAUUGAGUCUGAUGGGUUCUUGAGUGGUGAAGAUGGGUCUGAAACUGCUGCACCUGAUGGUGAUAGUAAAAUUCUUCAAGAAACUCAAUUUGUCAAGGAACAUGUUGUUUCUAGGCUGCCUUCUCUGAAAAACCCACUUGUGGAAAUUAAUAAAGUAAGUAGCUUUAAAAGAAGUUUUGAAGAUUCUAGGCCUUUUUUGGCUGACCCGGGCAUAAAAACUAUUGGAGAGAAUGUUCUUGGGACAUCCCUGAAGGAAGCUGAAAAUAAAAAUGCCAUUUUGGAUCGAAAGCCGAGUGUUAAUAGUAAGGGAAGUCCAUUUAUGAACAGGCAAAAGGUAGGGAUACCAAUUGCCAAGGUUUCUGGGGACACUGAUGAAGAUGAUGAUUUUGACAGCAACGAGAGUGAGGAAGAUGAACCAUUUCUUGGUACUGCAAGGGUUCCUAGCUCCGGGAAUGCUAAGAGAUUGCGUGGCAAUGUUCCUAAAGUCAGAAUCUUGGAUGUUGGAGGAGGGGAUGAUAGGACAUCAGUUUAUGAUUCUGGGUCAGAAGGGGAGAUGGUUGGAGGUGGCAAUGGGCUGUUGAAUUCUGAUUUUGAAGAAAAGCAGAUAACUGAUGAUCUGAAAGCUGCAGAAUUGGUUGAAGAUAAAGGCAUUGGUGCAGAAGAAGCUAGAAGUGCAGAAUCAUGUGAUGGAAUUCGAGAAGUUAAUGCAAAUGCUACAGAAGAUAUUGUUGGAUAUCACAAAGAUGAGAAUAGUUCUGACUCUACUGGUUGUGGUGCUGAAGAAAUUCAAAUUUUGAGUUUGUCUGAAACAAACUCUGUGAAGGAUGUUGUUUGUGUGGCCUUAGAAGGUGAGGGUACAGAAGUACAAGAAGAAAACUGUUUGGAGGAAGCAGCCAUGGACUAUGGGAACUGUGGAGAUGAAAAUAAAAUUGAAGAAGGAAGGGCUUCUCAGUCUUGCGCCUUUGAUGGCGUUGAGGAUUUUAGAAGUGACACUGAGCAAGUGACUAAUCAGAAGAUGGACACCGGCGACAAUGGUGGUUCUAAACUUUUGGAAUCUAUGGAUAGCUCUAUCGAAGAGAAUGAGAUGCAGUCGAUGGUAAAUGUUGAAAUGUCAGAAUUACAGGUUGUUCAGGAGCCAACAUCUGUAAUGAAUGCACACUCUGUAGAUGUGACAUUUGGAGAGAGAUCUGGUGAUGUCGAAGAAGUAUCAUUGGAUCAUGGGAAACCUGCAGAUGAAAUCAUAAAUCACGAUGGAACUGUUUCUGAGCUUUUUGUGCUUGAUGAUGAUGAGGCUUUGAAAAGUGAAAUCGUGACCGUGGAGACUUGUUAUACAGAUGCUCCCAAGUAUAUUGAAUCUACGGUCAGCAGUCCCAGAGAAAGUGAGAUACAGUUGAUGAACAAGGUUAAUAUUUCAAACUUCAAGGACCUUCAGGAACCAGGAUACGUUAUGAAUGGUCAUCCUGUGGAUGUGACAUUUGGGGAAACUUAUCAUGAUGUUGAAGAAGCAUCAAUGGAUUACAGGACAUGCGAAGGUGAGGAGAUCACUGACAGUGAAAUUGUAUACUGGCCUUGUGUUCUUGAAGAUUUAGAAACUGGCGAUGAGCAAACGACUGAUCAGAAACUGGUGGCUCUUAAUACACCUGCUCAUGAUCCUCUUGAUGAAACACAGUUCCUGAACAAUGUUAAAUUUUCAGGCUCACAGGCUGAGGCUGUUCAGUCUCCUGGAUACCUUGUAAAUGGCCAUUCUGUAGGUGUGACAUCUGGAGGAAGUUCUGCAAGUGCUUUGCUGGCAACUGAUGCGGAGAAAAUUGUGGAUUCAGGAACUUUGCUGGAUGCUCAUAGUCACAGUGAAUGGGAAGAUGCUUAUAGUUCUUCUUUGCCUGAGCGACCAGAAAACCCAGGUGAACCAGUAGGAAGUUUAAGUCAAGGACAAAAAAUGAAGCUUGAGAAAGUGGAGAAAAUGGUUGUAAAAUUCCUGCGGCUGGUCCAUAGACUACAUAAAUCUCCAGAAGAUUCUGUUGUUAUGAAGGUUUUUCAUCAACUGCUACUUGCUGCUGGACUGCCACCACAAGCAAAAUCAUUCAACCUUGACUUUGCUAAGGAGACAGGUUUAGCAGUUGAAGCAGAGGAAAAUAAGAAUGGUAUCAACUUCUCUUUGAAUGUUCUUGUUAUUGGGAAAAGCGGGGUUGGAAAGAGUGCAACCAUAAACUCUAUUUUUGGAGAAGAGAAAGCAAGGAUUAGCGCAUUUGAUCCUGGCACUAAUAGUGUAAAGGUGAUUAAAGGAACAUCGGAAGGCGUUCAUAUUCAAGUUUUGGACACACCUGGGCUGAGCUCUUCCAUACAGGAUCAAUCCUUCAACCGUAAAGUUCUGCAAUCAAUAAAGAAAUUUACCAAGAAGUUCCCUCCGGAUGUUGUUCUCUAUGUUGAUCGUUUAGAUACAAAAAUCGGAGAUCUCAAUGAUUUGCCCCUGCUGAAGCUGAUCACUAGCUCCCUUGGUUCAUCAAUUUGGUCCAAGGCCAUUGUGAUUUUGACACAUGCAGCUUCUGUUCCCCCUGAAGGGCCCUUUGGUGAUCAUCUCUCCAGUUACGAUUCAUUUGCAGCUAAGACAUCACAUUCUUUUCAACAGUUAAUAAGCAAUUCUAUUGGAAAUUUCGGUAACAUUGAAGAACCAAACGUUAUUCCAGUGUCUCUUGUAGAGAACUGCUGUAUGAGAAGUGGAGUGGAGAACAAUAAUGAACAUCCCUUCCUUGGCAGUAAAGGGAGUUGGAGAUCUCAGAUCCUGCUUUUGUGUUUCUCUAUGAAGAUCUUGUCAGAAAUUGAUUCUCUACUUCAAACAAAGCAGUGGAACGAGCAGGUUAAAAGUUCUCAAGAUGCAAAGAAGCAGCAAAGGUGGAGCACAGAAGAUAGUGGCUACAUGGAGGACAUGUUGAAGAAUGAUUUCCCAGGGCCAAAUGAAGAUGACAGCACUGGCCUCAUUCAGCAUGAAAAUGAUUCGGUGAAUGGAGAUAUGCUAGGAAUCCGGUUAAUGGAGAAAGAUUAUCCUGGUGUUCAGGGCCAAAUGCUGUGUAGGCUGUCUCUUUCUAGGUCGAGAAGAGACUCAACUUGUGGAUUGAGCCUGGAUUCCCAGUUCGUGAGACAAAAUUGCAAACUGUGUGUCCAAGCACGACUCAAUGGUGAACAAAGUGGGGAAGUUUCCGUAAGGCUGAACAGCUCAGCUCAGCCCCUAAUUGCUGCAGUGGCCUUUCUUCCUGUUGUGAGAACCAUUUGCAGGACUCUUUCCUUGUUGCUCAGUCCAAGAAAGACAGAGAAAUAGAGAUGGUCUAUUUCUGCUGUCUGCAUUCGACCGAAGUCUUAGUGUUCCAGGUUUUGUACAUUAUCUCCUGUUGAUCUGCUUUUGUAGACCUCUGUAGAGCAGUUUCAUUCAUUACCAAGUAUAAUAAUGAAUACAGAUCACAAAGUCUUUUUGUUCACUGCUUUUUUUGCCAAGAUUGUGGUAGAUCCAUUAGAACUUCACCCUUUAAUUAUACCAUUGGAUUUUCCAUGUAACCACUGUCCACCAUUAAAACGUUAUAAUUUUGAAGGAUCUGUACAUGAAUACAAGGAAUUUCAGCAGAGAAGCAAAAGGAAGUUCAUUUUUUUAACCCAAAAACCAGAAAAAGAAAAGGAAAGAAUAAAGUUCAUUUCGGACAUAUUCGACUAUUUUGCGAAUAUCCUUUAAUCCAAAUCUCCA